UACUAAUUCGUGGGUUUGAUAUGUUUCUUGUUUAUUGUUAAUCUACAAAGAGAUUCGAUCAUUAUACAGUAUAUAAUAUUAAUUAAUCUUAAAAGCCCCAAGUUUUGUGUGAUGUGAGUUUUUUGCCAGCUAAAAAUCUGAUUGGUUCUUAAGUUACCACAUCAUGGCUUUGAUAGAUUUCUUGAUAAUUCUUGAUCUUCAAAAAGAUUAAAUGAUCAUCAACCUUAAUUAGCCUCUCUCAUCUCUCUCAAACUCUCUAUCUCUCUCUCCCUCUUCUGUUGGUGUUUUUGAUUCAUCGGAUGAUAUGAUAGGAACAAUGGAGGAAGGUGGGAGUAGCCACGACGCAGACAGUAGCAAGAAGUUAGGGAGAGGGAAGAUAGAGAUUAAAAGGAUAGAGAACACAACAAAUCGUCAAGUAACUUUCUGCAAACGACGCAAUGGUCUUCUUAAGAAAGCUUAUGAGCUCUCUGUCUUGUGUGAUGCUGAAGUUGCUCUCGUUAUCUUCUCCACUCGUGGCCGUCUCUAUGAGUAUGCCAACAACAGUGUGAGGGGUACAAUUGAAAGGUACAAAAAAGCUUGUUCAGAUGCCGUCAACCCUCCUUCCGUCACCGAAGCUAAUACUCAGUAUUAUCAGCAAGAAGCCUCUAAGCUUCGGAGGCAGAUUCGAGACAUUCAGAAUUCAAACAGGCAUAUUGUUGGGGAAUCACUUGGUUCCUUGAACUUCAAGGAACUCAAAAACCUCGAAGGGCGGCUUGAAAAAGGAAUCAGUCGCGUCCGAUCCAAGAAGUCUGAGCUAUUAGUGGCAGAGAUAGAGUAUAUGCAGAAGAGGGAAAUGGAGUUGCAACACGAUAACUUGUACCUGCGAGCUAAGAUAGCAGAAGGCGCGAGAUUGAAUCAAGAACAGCAGGAAUCAAGUGUGAUACAAGGGACGGCGGUUUACGAAUCUGGUGUGUCUUCUCAUGAUCAGACGCAGCAUUAUAAUAAUCGGAACUAUAUUCCGGUGAACCUUCUUGAACCGAAUCAACAAUUCUCCGGCCAAGACCAACCUCCUCUUCAACUUGUUUAAGGAGCUAAAAAAUGAAAACUUGUUUCUUCCUCUCAAAACGAUUUAGCGAGAGAGAAAGACUAGAGAGUACAUUAUAUUUAUGCGACUUCAGAGUUUAGGUUCCAAUAAUAAUUAUUGAAAACAAAACGCUUGUUUCUA